CACCUUUAAAAUACAUGCGGAAGUGAAUGUUGUUUGGAGAUAAUCAACAUGAACUGGGUUUGUUGUCUUAUUUUCUCUGCUAUUAACGUGUUCUUUUGAAAUACCGCCGGUUCGUUCUCUUACCAAUUUGUUAUUAUCUCAUCACCUGCGUUAGAAGCGGUCGGAUAGCACUGCUGGGUGCACAUGCAGUCUUUAGUGGCCGGCUUUCAUGUUGAAAAAAAAUGAAUUAUUUCCAUAGUAGAGCAACGUUCUCCUUUUUGCAAAAUGAAGACGACGCUCGUGCAGUCGAACAUGCAGUUAGAACAGCGAUACAUACUGUUGUGAGUGUUAUUUCUAGUAUCAACAGUGCCAAAAUACAAGAAUAUCAAAGUAAGUUGGCCGAGAAGGACAAAGAAAACGAAACGCUGAAACGCAAAGUUAAAACAGCAGAACGAGAGAUCACAGCAUUGCGAGGCUCCUUUGAAUUUUCUGGAAAUGAAUGUCAUCAAGUCAGGUCAAGCACUUAUACACUUUCACCAGAAAUGCAAAGAGGGAACCCAAUUUGCCAUGAAAACGAGGUGUCAAGCAGAGCUGAUUGGAGAAUAGAUUUCCCCAGUCUUGGUGGAAGGACUCCUCCACAAGUUUUUCCCCAGUGCAAAGUCACAGCUGUUCCCACUGGGGCAUCAACUAUUUAUAUGUCCCAUCACCAGAACCCUUCCUCCCAUUCUGCAGAAGAGUCUGGGCUUUUAGCAGAGCGAACCAGAGGCCAGUCCCCAUCACCCAGUCCAGUCACCAGACCAGUGAUAAAAGAGGAGCCCUCUGACAUUGAGACAUUCUACAUUAAAUGGGAGAUGAGUGAGGAGGGCAUUGGGGAGCAACGGGAAGGCCUAGGCCCGACACACGUCCUGGGAAAAGAGUACGAAGCCCAGCAGAGGGGUGGAACGCCAACCAUGCAAAGAGAUGGAACUCACCCUGUUGCUGGUAGCCAGAGUGGACAUGAGUAUGGGGAGAGACCAGCCAGGCAUCUGAAAAAUAGGCUGUCAAGCGCAGAGACACAGCGGAGGUUCAGAGAGCGAGUCCGUGCUGACCCUGAGAAGUUCCGGGCCUACAAGGAGAAGGAACGACGCAGGAAUCAGCAGAGGAAGGUGUCGAUAUCGGAUUUACCUGAAGAGACCCGCAGAUUGAAGAGAGAGGCCUGGAGAGAAGCAUCCAGACGAUGUCGUGCCCGCAAAAUGUCCUCCCUCCAGACGAACCUCACACAGCCCUGCCACCUCCCCCAGAACACAGAGACACCUGGGUGGACUAGGGGGCACUGCAGGGGCAGGCAGUAGGUAGAAUUCGGUGGGGGGGAGAUUAGGCCUACACAGAUGAGUUUAGGCUACUGAACAAAGAUGGGGAUUUGGGGAUCAUAAUUGUUUAUCUCCUUUGUUGAGGGAAUGAUUUCGGUAUCAUAUUCUAACAAUCCAGUUAUUCAAUGAAUUGGUUGGGGCUUGUUAAUGUUUUUUUGUUUUUUUUAGAAAUGUCAAUAAAUUAGUUCAUUGUACACCUAUUGCUAUUUGAUUAUUCACUGAUUUACCACUAGAUGGUGCUGUGAUUGAGCUACCGCAAACACAUUUGACACGUGACGCGCGCGUCCAACGCGGCGGAAGUGAACUGCGAGGAAGAGAUUUUGGGAAACCGAUGUGCAAUGAGAACGAGGUGGGAAGCGAAACUGAUUGGAGAAUGGAUUUCCCCAGGACUCCUGGGCUUUCAGCAGAGAGAACCAGAGGCCAGUCCCCAUCAGCCACUCCAGUCACCAGCCCAGUGAUAAAAGAGGAGCCUGCUGACACUGGGUCCUUCUACAUCAAAUGGGAGAUGAGUGAGGAGAGCAUUGCGGAACAACAGGAGGGCUUAGGCCCGAUGCACGUCUUGGGGAAAGAGUCUGAUGGAACGUCUUCUGUUGCUGGUAGCCAGAGUCCAGGCGAUAGACGUUCAGAACUGUCUGAGGAGACAUCGACAGAGCGUGUGAAAAGGAGGCUGUCAAGCGCAGAGACACAGCGGCAGUACAGAGAGAGAAUCCGUGCUGACCCUGAGAAGUUGCGGGCCUACAAGGAAAGGGCAAAAUGCAGGGAGGAUGAUGAUUAUGAUGAGGAUUGGAUCAGCAACUUUCAUGUCCCUUGGCAGCAGACGCCUGAAAGCCUCAGGCGAGCCAUUGCAGAGGGACGAAGAGUCGAGGCGGCAGAUAGGCGGCUGAUGGUGAGGAUCACCGUUGAUGCAAUGCGUGUACACUGCCUCAACCCCAACAAGAAAGUAUGUUCAGAAAUUGCCAAAGCUAUAGUUUCAGAAUAUCCAGAGAGCUUUGCAGACCUGUCAAAAGAAGGGGAACUGCUUAGCAGAAGGUACUCCUCCUUGCUCACCCAAAUAAAGACCAGAGUGGAGCAUGUGAACCGGAACACUGAAAAUAGAAUACGCAGACCCAAGACGAGCAAAAAAGGGGAAAACGGCAACAGACAAGUCAAAACAGCAAGAACAAAAGUGGACAGUUAUGGGUGCAUCAACUGGCACCCACAGGACCUUCCAGAAGGAGAAACUCCUGACUCCCUGGAAAAUAAGAGACAGAUUAUGGCCACAAUUUUCAACAGUGCAAGCCCCAGAGGUGUGGACAGGGGAGACGUGGAUGAAUUCAUGAGGCUUACGUACAUUAACCAACGCCACAUGAUAAAUGCAUGGCCAGCCCCAAGCAUUGGUGACGUCAAGGAACAAUGGCCUUUUCUUUUUACCAAGAGAUGGCUCUGCGCCCACUUCCACAUGCUCACUGGAGUUGAGAUCGACCGCUGUCUCAGUGACGCUCUCCAGAGCAAAGGAAAGACCAUUGUCAAUUUCUUCCGAAGUCAGAAACCCAACUGGAGGAGAGGCAUCCAAAGUCUCCUCAAUGACAUUGAAGGUGACGUCAGUGAAAACCUCACAGCCUGUGCUGCCAUUCUUCUGGUGCUGUCCCACUUCAGAGAGAAAGAGGACUCUCUCUUCCUCUUGGCUGAUGGGAAUGACACCCAGAUGGAUGUAGAGGCUCAGUUGCAUUUGCCAGCCACUCCAAGACUUAUCAUGCUUGGGAGUUCCCUGCUGGCUUCAUCUAAGUGGAUGGUGUCAAUCGAGGGGAGAGUGGUCUGUGUUUUGGAUAAUCAGUCCAACUUUGCUGCUGCCCUCUCUGUGCUCUUCGGCUGUUUCUACGUGUUCAAUACAGAGUACCAGGAGGCAGCCUCAGCAACACUGGAGCUUAUUCAGAGGUUUCUAGUAGGGAUCAACCCAAAUGAAGGAACCAAAUGCUCUUCAUACCUUGAUUCAGAAGCCGGGGUGAGCCGCAGGACUGGAAGAGUUGUGCAAAGGAAGACCGAUGCAGUUGCCACCUUCCUCAAAGACCUGACUGAAUUUGAAUGGUGAACCAGUUUCAUAGGAGAUGCAAACACACAAACUAGGAUGCACAUACAUGAUACAUAGCUUCAAAUGGUAUGUUGCUCUUGUUUAAUAUCAAUCAAUCAACACUACAGAUUGCAAUUGAGUUCUAUCAUGAUAUGCAUCUUGGAAUAAUUGUUAUAUGUUUCUGUUGGCUGGCCCUGUCUGUGAUGGGGAAACGUGAUUUUACAACUUUUAUGUUAUAAUGAUGUUCUAAAUGAUUACCGGAAGUGUUUUUUUGUUGUUGACAGAUUUCUUUAAGACGUUUUGUUGACUUACUGUAAACAAAAUCAGUGUGAUUAAAUUCAGUUUUGUUCAGAACGAGUUCCCAUUUCACUACAGUGUUAAAGGGGCAGUGAAGUUAAACUUGAUUUUCCUGCUUUUUGUUAUAUUUCCACACAAUGAGGUUGAAAUAAAACUCAGAAAUGGUAAAAAUGA